GCGUCGGUGUGAUGGUUUUGGUCGCCCUAGCCUGCUGACAGCUUUCCAUCUUUGGAAGUUGCAGCGCUGCCAGCAACCUUCCUCGCCGGGUGGCCACACAAACAAAAAGAAAAGGAAAUAAAAAAGACUAAGCCCACAGCCGCCCUCAUCACCUUAUCCUACGCCCACCUUAUCCUGCGCACACUCGUCGUGCGCCUAGUCGUGGGUCAUGGCCAUGUGGAUCGAGCCCCCAACCUACACACAGAGGGAAUGUUCUUAGGCUGUCGGGAAUGAAGAGUCCUUGACAACUCAUCCCCCUUUCCAUUCAUUUCAAUACAACACUUUCUCUUUCUUCCUCCUCCCAUUUUUUUUUUUUUUACAUUUAUAACCCCAUCUUUCCUAUAGAGAACUUGGGAUGGUUUUUUUUUUUUUUUUAGGGUUGAUGGGUGUAUGGUUUCUGUACACAUGAGUCUGUGCGUGGGUGGGGACACAACCACCAACAUCUCUUAUAUAAGAAUAAGAGAGAUGAUGUGAUGAUAUAUGUAACAAAAACAAAAGGAAGGAGAGAAAAAGAGAAAAAAAACCCAACAUAGGAAAUACCCUCUUUAGAGUUAAAGAAGGGGAAAUAAAAGAAAAAGAUAAUGGAGAAUGCUGCUACUCCACCCUCUACUCCUCUCAUGAUCUUUGCCAUCUUGCCCAUCUCAGACCAUAAUCCUCACCACCAUUCCAAAAGGUGGCCUUCCACAUCAGAGGUGGUGGAAGAGAUUCAAAAUCUCUAUAACAUAGCUUUCCCAAUGAUCAUCACAGGCUUGCUCUUAUACGGUAAAGCUGUAAUUUCAAUGCUUUUCAUGGGUAGAUUGGGAAAGGAUGUUUUAGCUGGAGGUUCUCUAGCCAUUGGCUUUGCAAACAUAACUGGCUACUCAGUCCUCUCCGGCCUAGCCAUGGGCAUGGAAGCCAUCUCAUCCCAAGCCUAUGGAGCCGAGCAAUGGUCCCUCAUGGGUCACGCCCUCCAGCGGACCAUCAUGAUCCUCCUCACGGCGUGCAUCCCAAUCGCUCUCUUAUGGUUGAAGAUCGAACCAAUCCUCCUCUACUGCGGCCAAGACCGUGCGAUCACAGCCGUCGCAUCUACAUACCUCGCCUUCUCUCUCCCUGACCUUAUCUUCCAGUCAUUUCUCAAUCCUCUCAAGAUCUACUUGAGGACCCAAAACAUAACAAUGCCACUGACAGUCGGCGCAGCCCUUUCACUCAUCCUACACGCUCCGAUCAACUACUUCCUAGUCUGCUUCUUGGGGCUCGGCAUCCGUGGGAUUGCACUCACGGCUGCAUUCACAGAUUUCAAUCUGCUAGUCGCAUUACUGAUUUAUCUGAAUUGCUCCGGCCUACACAAGAAGUCAUGGGGAGGUUGGUCAUCGGAGUGCUUCUGCGAGUGGAAGCCGCUGCUCAACUUAGCUAUUCCAAGCUGCAUUUCGGUGUGUUUGGAAUGGUGGUGGUAUGAGCUUAUGGUAAUAUUCUCUGGCCUUCUCUCCAAUGCCACCGAUGCUGUUGCAGCCAUGGGUAUUCUCAUACAGGCUACUUCUCUAGUCUACAUCUUUCCAUUGGCAUUGAGCCUCGCAGUCUCAACUAGGGUUGGGAAUGAGCUUGGAGCGAACCGGCCUGAUAAAGCCAGACUAUCGAUGCAAGUUUCAAUCUUUUGCGCUAUCUUUACAGGCCUUGUCGCAAUGGUUUUUACUACUGCUUUGAGAAAUGUAUGGGGUCGAGCAUUUACCACAGACGGUGCGAUUAUUUCAUUGACAGCCAUGGCAAUGCCGAUUGUUGGGCUCUGCGAGCUCGGCAACUGUCCACAGACAACAGGAUGUGGAGCUCUGAGAGGAAGCGCUCGGCCGUCUCUAGGAGCAAAUAUAAACCUUGGAUCCUUCUACGGCGUCGGCAUGCCGAUGGCAAUGGCGAUGGGCUUUGUUUUGAAUUUGGGCUUGUUGGGUCUUUGGUUGGGCCUUCUUGCAGCCCAGGGGACAUGUGCUUUGGUAAUGAUAUUUCUGUUGCUGAGAACUGACUGGGGCUUGCAAGCAAAAAGAGCAAGAGAGCUAAUGGGUGGUGGAGAUGAAGGAGUGUACAAAGGGAAUAUAGAAGAAGAUGUGGGGAAUUCCCCUCCAUAUAAAAUUGUGGAGAGUGAGGAGGUGGAAGCUAUUAUAUCAUUCAAGGUGCUGCAACAGUAGCACUGAUUUCUUCAUGUUUCUCCUUCUUUCUUUAUCUUAUCUUGUGUUUUUUCUUUUGUAUGGCAAAGACGGCUAUUCUUUUGAUUUUUACUGAGAGCGAUGGCAGUUUUUGACCCUUUGACUCUUAUGAGUCUCAAGGGAUAGGACAGAUACGAAAGGACUUGUUCGUGCA